AUGUCGCUCGACGACGCAGACGAAAGUGUGCGCAUCGCCGUGCGCGCUCUGGGCGACAUGCGCACCCGCGGCGCGACGAGGAGCGUGGACGGAAAACCCAGUACACGAGAGGCGGAACACGAUGCCUCAUCCUCGUUCAGCUCGCCGACGGCAUCAUCUUUGCCCACGCCUCUGCAGUCCUCAAACACCUAUAUCUUCGACCAAGCAGCCGCCUCCAACAUAUCGCUUGAUUAUACCCCUGAUCGUCCAAUGCAUCAGACGCCAAGCAACGGGCACGGACAAAACGCGGAUUAUCUCGCCAGAGUCUCCAGCAUCCCCAUUGUUAACUCAGCGCUUAGGGCGUACGAGCACGGCAAAGCAUCAUCCCGCAUCGUUAAUUAUGGUGCUGGGAUCGUCGAGUCCUCGAUCUCGACCAUUUCGCGCCCGGUGAUAAACAGGCUAGGCUAUAGCCGAAGAGCAUCAUCCUCUCAAGAGCAGCGCCCCACACUGGACCAUCAGUCCAGUAGUCGAAACGACGAAAGAGAACUGUCUGUUGAGAGAGGUGGGGAUGCGACAGUUGAAAGGGGCAGCAAGGGCCCAGAUCGGGAGGAGGGGCUCGGUUUACAUAUUGCUUCGGGACAGGACGACGCAUCUGCAUCACAUCAGAUGCAAUCUCUUUCAACAGAUUCAGCAUCUCCAACAGCCUCGCCGAGCGAAGCUAACGGUUCAAGAGAGGUGGCUCCUCGACCUCUGUGGCACACCGUUCUGCUCGAAGCGGGUGGCAUCGGUACAGCCGUCACCGUGUCGGAUGACAACUUGAGGCGGUUGAGGUACGCGCUCAGCUGGUUAGGGUAUGCAACUGCCCACAUUGACGCGCAAAUACUGGUCCUUCGCGAGUUCAUGGCCUCGCUCCAAAACCGGGUUGGCGGCAACGAGACCGUUUCGCCCGAACAUAUGCGCACUCUGAACAGCGUCAAACGCGACCUGGUGAGCACUAUCCGCCAAGCGGUCGACGUGGUCAGCAAGUAUGGUGGCGGGGCUCUGCCCGAGCCUGCGCGUAGUCGGGUCAGAGGCUUCAUAUUGACUCUUCCUCAACGCUGGGCACGCGCAGCAGGCGGGAGCGGCGGUCCAGCUACCUCGCGCCCUGCACGACACGGUGUGCACCCACAUGGGCACGAGGUGUCGGGGUCGUCUAAGACGUCUCCGCCCACGUCGCGAUCCACUGCACAUGCAGCUCGUCAUGGAUUGACAACUCCGUACUCACGGCCGACGUCACCGACGUCCACUGCGCCGUCUAGUCCACUGCACUCCAGAGUGAGCAGCGCAACAGACCUCACCUCGAUGAACCGGGGAGUCGGACAAAUGCAGAUGCCAAGUCUAGAGGUGCUGGCUGAGGCGGCGUCAUCAUCAACGCCUGGUGCAGGGCCGUCAAGGUUGGCCGGGAGUGCGGACGGCGCUACGGAAGGCAGAGAAGGGGGAGAGGGCAGCUUUGCGGCAGUGCCGGUGUCGCAGGCUACGCACGCCGCGCAGAAAAUCUUGUCGCUGGCUACAGAGAGCUUGGACAUGAUGAGAAGUGUGACCGGAGUUGUCAAGGACAGCUUGGAUAAGGCGGAUACCUGGAUUGAACGAAUGCGUGCCGUUGGCAUUCAACGUCAGCAGCCUGGUCAAGGGACACAAGAGGCGAAUCAUCCGGAUGAUAUGCCGCCCAUACCGGGCAGUGGUGCGAGCAUGCACUUGCCUCCUCUCGACGCAAUCCAUCUCGCGGGAACGCAACCGUCCAUGAUGAACCAAGGAGACGUGUUGCACCACCUACCCGUGGACGAAGUGGAGAGGCUGAGCGAGCUUCGCAUACGCUCCGCGACGGUGACUCCGAGGAUGGCGUCGGGAUCAUUACCUGAUAUCGCGGAAAGAGCACGCGAGGGCGACGCGAUGGACGAGGACGGAAACGCGAAGGCCGAAGGAGGCGGCUAAUCACGACCGGACGAAAUGGACGAUGGUUUCGACAUAUUGGGAUAAGUAUAACGGUGAACAUAUUAUGCCUAUGCACUAGGCCUGUUCGUUAUUCGCCAACGGGCUUCUCAUUGCUGUUGUACUAUACGAUCGCUGUUAAGGGGCAGACAAACACGCUUUUCCUCGCUUGGAACCCUG